AUGCUCGGCAAGCUCCUCAGUUCUCGUCACAGCGAUCUGCAGCUACAGUAUGAUAAGAGCAACCCAUUCCCGCCAGUUCCUGACUGGAAAUCCACAUUCCCCGCCGGCAAGAGCAAUGGGACAACUUGGCGGGAACUACACAGAUGCAAAGUUGGACGAGACCGUCCAAGCGGUGCUAGCUGGGGCCAUGCGAAGACAACCAGUGAUAAAUGCGACAUAACGCAUAGUAUCCUCAAGAAGAACGUGACUGCAGCACGUAAAGGUAUCCCUCGCGAGGUGGCCCGUCGCCCCGCUUACCACAAGAAACCUCCGAUGCAGCACGUGCGACAGGAGUUUCUGAUCCUGCCUGCAUCGCUACCAAAGUCAAGUAAAAGGAAGCGAAAGAGUUCAGGAGGUAGAAUUCUGACCGUUAAGCUUCUCGAAGAGGAUGAAGCAUCCAACAAGAAAAAAAAACGAGCUCCGACAGGAGCAAACAGAGAAACGGCGGUAUUACCCGCGAUCGAGACCCAGCACGCGAUGUCCGCGCUGCUUGCUGUUGAGCCUGCGACUGAGACGCAUCCCAUGCUUGCUGUGAUUGAGAUGCACCCGGUGAGGGUGUAA